AUGUCUUCAUGUGCUUCAUCUUCAAAGGGAAAGAGAAAGUUGAAUGAGGUGAAAAAGCUAAGUGUACUUAUUGUGGCUGAUGAUGAUAUAUCUCAAAAUUCAUAUAUAUUAUGUCUUCAAAAUUUUGGAGUGGAGACAUUAGGAGUAAGAAAUGGAUUUAUGGCAUUCAAUAUUCAUGAUAAAACACAAAUGCGUUUUGAUUUAAUCCUAAUGAGCUCAACUAUGCCUAUUAUGGAUGGUAUCGAGGCAACAAAAAAGCUUCGAUCAAUGGGGAUUACUGCGAUGAUUGUGGGAAUAACAACUCCAGAUGACAAUGAAGAAUAUCGCAAAGAAUUUAUGGAUGCUGGACUUGAUGAAUGCUAUGAGAAGCCAUUAACAAAGGAAAUACUUCAGAGUCUUGUUGAGAAAGUUUCCAACAAAGUUUAA